UAGGAUUUAUUAAUAUAACAAUAAUAAUUAAUAAAAAAACGUGUGUGUUUAAUUAAAAAAAUAUUAAAAUGUCUAAAAUAAAAGAUAGAAUUGUUGUUCUCAUAGAUAUGGACUGUUUUUUUUGUCAAGUAGAAGCAAAAUUAAAUCCAGCAUUACAAGGAAAACCACUUGCUGUUGUUCAAUAUGGUUCAUUUGGACCGAGCAGUAUAAUUGCUGUAAAUUAUGAAGCAAGAGAUCAUGGAGUAACACGUCAUAUGAAAGGACCAGAAGCUAAAGAAAAAUGUCAUGAUAUUAUAUUGGUAACAGUACCACCAAUUAGAAAUAAACCUGAUACAUCAAGAUAUCGUAAAGCAGGACGUGAAGUUAUUGAUGUAUUAAAACAAUAUUGUAAUAUUAUUGAAAGAGCAAGUAUUGAUGAAGCAUAUCUUGAUAUAACUGAUAUUGUUGAUGAAAAAUUAAAUACAACAGAUACAACAUCAUUAAAUAGUAUAAUUGAUAAAUUAUCAAAUUCAUUUGUUGUUGGUUAUUGUGAUGAUAAUAGUAAUGAUGAAAUUAAAAGAUCUGAAGGAACUAAAAAAUGGAUUGAAGCUGCAUUUGAUGAAAUGGGUGAUGAACAAGCAAGAAAACUAACAAUUGCUGGUUUAAUUGUUGAAGAAUUACGUGAACAAAUAUGGAAACAAUGUCAGUAUCGUUGUUCAGCUGGUAUAUCAUAUAAUAAAAUAUUAGCAAAACUUGCUUGUGGUAUACAUAAACCAAAUAGACAAACAAUUUUACCACUAUCUGCUGUACCAGGUCUUUAUUCAUCUCUACCAGUUAAAAAAGUUAGAAAUCUUGGUGGUAAAUUUGGUAAUAUUGUUAUGGAAUCACUUGGUUGUAAUGUUAUGGCUGAUUUAUUACGUUUUUCACUUCAAGAUUUACAAAAACGAUUUGAUGAAAAAACUGGUCUUUGGCUUUGGAAUAUUGCAAGAGGUACUGAUAAUGAACCAGUACAAAAUCGUUUAAUAUGUAAAUCAAUUGGUGCUAGUAAAAAUUUUCCUGGUAAACAAGCAAUAACUAAAUUAGAAACAUUAAAACAAUGGGUUGGUGAUAUUGCUGCUGAAUUAGUUGAUCGUCUUGAACAAGAUAAAGAAGAAAAUGAAAGACGAGCUGUUACAAUGACUGUUGGUUAUCAUUAUUAUAAUGAUGGUAAAAUUGUAGCAACAACAAAAGUUGUACCAUUAACAAAUUAUAAAAUUGACAAAAUAUCUAAUUUGUGUAUUGAUGUUAUAACAAAAGCAACACAAAAACCAAUAACACUUAUUAGUAUGUCUGCUGGUAAAUUUGUUCCUUCAAAAGGUAGUAAUGAUUUUUUAAAUUAUUUUAAAAAUGGAGUUAAUGUAAAACCUCAAGAUCAAGAAUCUAAUGAUACACAAAAUCAUAUUAAACAAAAUAAUAUUGAUGUUAAAAAUUCGACGGAUAAAAUUGAAGAAAAAAUUGAUUCAAUUGAUGAAUUAUCAAAUGAUUCAAAUGAUUUUAGUGUAAAUUAUAAAAAUGAAUCAACUAUUAAAACAUAUGAGAAAAAAGAGCAACAAAAGAAACCAUCAAUUGUCAAAAAUAGCAUUUGUGAAUUGUCAUUUAAUAAAAAAAUAAAAGAUAGCAAUUCAAUUGACGUUAAAGUUUGUGAUAAAAAAUCAAGUCUCAUUGCUGUUAAUAAUUUAGCAAAACCAUUAGACAGUGAAAGUUUUAAAAAUUCAUUUUUUAUGAAUAUUUUAAAAGAUUCAAAUCCGGAAUUUUUAAUACCACCAGUACCAUCAACAAGUAAUUUAAAACUUGAUUUACCAAAUGAACAACAAGAAAAUUUAAAUACUGAUGCAUCACCAGAUCUUUUUGAUGAUUGUACACUUGAAGAUGGUGAAAUAAAUAAAUCAAUUUUUUUUAAUGAAGAUAAUAAUGAAGAUCAAGCUGUUGUUAAUUCUGAGAUUGAAGAAAAGAAAGAAACUGCAUUGGAUCAAUUGAAAGAAAUAUUUCCUGAUCUUGAUAAUAUUGAUCCAGCUGUUGUAAAAUUAUUACCUUUGGAAUUACAAGAAGUGGCUAAAGUUUAUUUAAAAAAUAAAUCAUCAUCAGCAACAAUUGUCAUUAAUGAAAAUAAUACUAAAACUUUGUCAAAAGAAAAAAUAACAAUUACAAAAGAAAAAUUAACAAAUAAUACAAAAAAUUUAACAAAAGAAAAAACAAGUAAAUUAAAAAACUGUAAAAUACCACAAUUUUUUUCAAAAAAAACAUCAAAUAUAAAUAGUGAAAUGAAAAAAUGUGAUGAUUGUUUAAAAAUGAUUGAAGUUGAUAGAUGGCUAGAACAUUGUGAUUUUCAUGUUGCUCAAAAUUUACAAAAACUCAUGAAUCAAAAUGAAAAUAAUGCUGGUCCAUCAAGACCAAUUAAAAUAACAGAUAAAACAAAAUCACCAUCAAUAAAAAGAAAAAUAAAUUCUGGUAUUUCACCACCAAAUAAAAAACCACGAGGGAUUGCUGCAUUUUUACAACAAUAAUAUAGUAUUUU